AUGAGUCAGGUCGGUCGCUUGCGAAUCUGUCGCACAGAGACUGGCGAACCAGUGCCUGGAGCAUCAAUCUCCGCUGGCUGCAUCCACCUCCAAUGCCCUCACUGCAACCCCUCCAUAUUCACUCACCGCAUGGGCCUAUUCGGUCAAAUGCGUAUCCACGAAAGCGGAAUUAACCCCGAUAUCGACACACCUAGCACAUCUUGCACAUUCAACAUUCCUAGCUCAAUAAAUACCUCAUCGUCCAGCGCGCCCAUCACCAUCAGCCGCAGCACCGCCAGCACCACCACUGUAACCGACUCUGACGCCCCGAUCUAUCGUGCCCACACUGUACCCACAUAUUCACCUCUCACAUCUGCCUGGUAAGUCACCUGCAAAUCCAUCGCGCGGAGGUUGGUUCCUGGAGUACCAACACGCAUCAGACGCAUUUGUCUCAACUGCCCACACCGCCCUCGCACAUUCAACCACUACAUGAGCCUGGCAGGCCACAUGCGGCAGACAACCGCCGGCUACACCACAUCGUCACGCCUUUCCCCACUAACACCUGCACCACACAGCAACAUCACCAACCCGCGCAAAUUGCAAGCACUCAGUCAGCGCCUCUCCACUAAGUGCGAAGUGUUCUUCUCGGCUUUUUCUCCAUGCGGUUCCUCGAGUCAAAGAUUAUCACGUUGCUUCAAGCACCGCGGCUUGGAAGGCCGCCGACUGACGCCUCAACUCAGUCCACGCAGUCUGCCCAUUUGUGUGUGUUUGUGUGGAGUGGCGGACUGAUGGGCUGAGAGUAAGGCUGUCACAGUUCCUUCUUAACGCGACCUCUGGCACUCUCACGCAUGUGUGGAAUGUGCGUGUACAUGGGUAGUGCCUCUCGGUCGAGGGCUGAUUGGUUACCCGGCUUCCGAAGGGCGAUGGCCCAGGCAAAUGCAGGGCUGCGCGGACCCCUCUGGGCCUCGAGGAUUUUAAGCGUCUGCUAUGCCAUGGUUCAGCAAACCGUGGCCCUCACAGCCUGCUGUGUGCUGGCAGUUUUGUGGCACUUGGUCCCCUGCCGGUAGAUGCGCCUGCGCUUCUGCUGGAUAUACAGGUCGUGAAAAUAGCUGCCAGUCAUCCUUGUCGUCCUUCUGAUCCGUUGUGGCGAUGUCGGUAAAAAUCCUAGUCAAGUGUUUGUUGUGGACCAGUGGUGUGGUUAUACGCCUAGGAGCGGGUCCGGUCGCGCCAGCCACCUAUGCCCUCCCUCACCUCCGACCUUCUUAACUAUGUCUCGACAACGGACCCAGAUGGUGAGGGGGAGAGAAUGCGGUAGGCAUUGCGCAAGUGUACUCUCACUGCAAACUAAUUCACGAGAAAGUCACCAUGCCUGCCUCAUCUUGCUGUAGAGCACACGGUGGGUAUCAUCGGGCAAAGCGGUUGAACUAUCAUAUGCUCGCUAAGUAGAGCUUGGGAACUGUACUCCACAGAAUGAUAACUACCACAGUCUGGUGGGUUGAACAGAUACGCGGUUUGGGGGGGGGGUCAAUAAAAACGUCCUGAAGAACUAGUUUUGUUUUUGCUCUGGAUUCAUAAACCAGCCACAGCUACAUUUACUAUUUUUUACAUCUUUCAUGUGCCAACGUUCUACAAAAACGACCUGGACGAAUUGCGUUUAUGUUCUGGACGGAAGUAAGUAUCUACGAUCCUGCUGACCAAGCCGAUUGCUGGCUUAAUUUCCACCGUCAGGGCGACGUAUUCUCUUAUCUCGCCCUUUUUUCUUGCUCUCAAGGAUCCUGUCCAGGUUGUGUAAACAUGCAUCUACUAAGUCUGAAGCCGCCGUGUGACGUCAUAGCUCCCAUUCUAGCCUAAAUAUUUCAGGGGGAAGGGAUCCCUUUUCCCGUGUCCUACCGAAAAAUCGCCGCACAAAAUAACGGAAACAUAUAGGGAGGAUUCCAAACUUCCUUUGAUCCCUAGCGCUCUCCAUGCAAUCCUUCAACUUGAGGUUUCACCCCUUCGACGUUGACCUCGGAUUCCAGACCCUGCAGUCGGAGAAGAGGUCAAUCAUCCACCGGGACCCGACCCGAAAGACGAGGCGAACGCUUGCAUACGCAUAGAGGACUCUUGAGUACAGCGACUUACGCUAAUCGCUUUUAACCAGGUCAAGUCAGUCAAGUGGAAAACAGCGUAUUUCAGACGUGAUAUCUGCUGCUGCUGCUGCUGCAUAGGUUGUGCGAACUCUUAAAAACAGCGUCAAGAGCAAAGGCAAAUCGGACACUAGAACCAUUUAUUUAUUUUUCUUCUUCAUUGCCACACAUACGCUUGAAAUUCGAACAUACGCCGCCAUUCAUGAUGUCAGGAUUGCAUCGGCUGUUCAAGUCCGUGUAGCUGCUAAGGUAACGAAGGCUCGUGCCUCAACUUUUACACAGUAGCUGUGACCGAAAAAUUAAAAAAAGCAAGUUCGAGUCUCUGAUAGAUGUUCGUUGAGGAAUGCAAGUUCGCGGCGGUCGUUUAAUUUUCAAGUCAUAAACAUUAUCUCGGGGCAUGACUUCUAAAGUGUUCGUAUAUGCUAAACAGCAAGCCGGCAAAAUGAACCUCAGAAGAAUGUGUGUGUGUGUGUGUGUGUUUGUGUGCAUACUAAACAAGCGGACGUGAAGAUGACCUGGAAACUUAGCACACUAGUCAACUGACCGACCACUUCUGCGCUGCUGGCUUCCGAAUGUUAACGAAAGUGAAUUUGCCAGCUACUAAAUUCUGUCGAAUGGCGGAAGAGCAUAUAGCAACUACUUAGUCCUCUCAGAUCAGUCCUGAAUGAACGACAAUCUAGGCCUGGUCACAGCGACUGGGAUGAAGCGACUAUUUCCCCCCUGUGAGGACGUGCGUACGUACUUCUUUUUAAGUAUGCACUUGAGACUAACUCGGAAGUGUUGUUUUCGAAGAGUAACCGGCAUAGAUGGGAGGGCUUAGUGUGGAAAGCGAGAAAAUUGCAGCCUUAUUUGGGACUCACUGGGUGGAACCUUUGUCAUUAAUUAAGAGUAAUUAAAGAAGAACGAUUUUCACGACUUGUACACCAGAACCUAAGUGCUCCUAUUUAGACACCGUCACACGACGUCUGUGCAUUAAUAGACGGCUGUCGUUAUUUCGGCAGCCAUGUUCACAAGUGGCCGCGUUUUUUUUGAUGCAAACAAGAAUUUGCUUACGGGGGUGGGGGAGACUUUUUUGUUCAACGAUGGCAGCCUGUUUUGCCCAGGAUCAAACGUCCAACAAAAUUUACAUCUACGAAGUUAAAAAGGGACCACGGGGAACUUCUGUCGAACUUGGCACGUACAAGGAGUCAUCUGUAAAUUUGCGGGAUUACGUAAUAUGUCGAGAAAAUCCCUAGAUUCCUUAUGCAAUCGACUUAAUAGCAGUAUUCGGAGUUAGAUCAUUUAGUGUUUCUCCACUAGAUAGUUCUUAGACACGCUGCAAAUUCGCCAGUUUGUCUUACUUCUUGCCCGAAUUAGCCGCCGUUAAUUUGCGAUACUAGAAUAGUCGGCGCAUUGAUAGCCUCACCGACCUGGUAGGAUUACACAGUUUGCACUGGACACCAAAGCCUACCCGGAAGAUUGUUGCAGCGAACCUCGAUUAGAAAAAUCGUUUUACUUGCCUCCAUCUGCGGAAGGGAUUAGCUAACGCCACGUGACAGUGACAUUAACCGAUCUAUCCUACUUGAAGAACGACAACGAGCAUUCCAGUCUUGCCUUGGAAUCCAGGGCCCUCGUAGGUGGCCGCGUUACAACGAGCAAUCAGUAGUCGAGAGGUGCUACCAGCACGGCUAAGGUGACCGAAAAGGCCAUUAUUGACUUAUUUAGAGUCACCAGUAAAACGCGCCUCGAACCCAGAAGGACACCUGAAAGCUGGAGCCCAGUCAAGUGGUUAUCGCGUACUUGUAGAUUUAUCACUUGAGACACGGGUCAAAGUCCUGUCAGUUGUGAAAAGGAAUGUUCUUGUUCGCAUGAGUAUCGUUCACCAGACAGGAGUUGGCAUUUCGGUCUUCAUUGUGUUUGCCAGUCGCACGUCCUCUUCACCAAUUUUUCCUCGUUAUGUUGCCGCCUGCGAGAGCUCUGGACCCAAAGCACCGAGACAGAAUACAAAUGCCCAUCUACAUCCUGCAGUCAGGGCGGCACAUCAGUCCCAUGUGAAUUUGAAUAUUUUCGGUCGCCGUCGACAGGACAAGAGCCCGCCAUUUAAGUAGUAGGUCAAGAGAUUCAAGCGCCUGACGAUCAGGAGAACUCAGGCCGGGGUCGGAGUACUGUGGACUGAUGACACCAAAUAAAAUGGAAGUGAAUAUUCGGUCUUCCUAUUCUCUGUUGGUAUUCCUUCUGCAAUAGUGCUUUUAUUUCAACAGGGGGAUUAAACUAGUGGUGAAUCUAGUCUUUAAAACGUUUGGUGGAAGAUUUAAAAAUGUGAGCAUAUUCUGAAAAAAUAUCGAGGCCUCUCUUAAUUUGGUCCGUAAGUAGGCAUGUAGACAACCUUAUGACUGUGAUCUAAGGUCGUACUCAGCUGAGAAUGAUAAGCCAAUGAGCUUCAAGGAUACAAUAGACGUCCUGUCCAAUCUUAAAGACUGCAAGAUGAAGGAGUCGGUUUUACUGGCCGGAUUGCUUUGGAGCCAAACGCUAAGAAGACGUUUUACACAGCCAUCUAUGAUGUAUCUGUCGUCGUCAGAGGGAGAGAGUGAGACAGACAUACCGAACUCCAGAGUGAGAAGAUAAGAACAAUGACUGACCGAGGACGGCAAAGUCGCCAUAAAAGAUCAUUCCUCCCGCUCUCUCUUAUCCCCGUGGGUAAAACGCCUGGACUAAUAACUGCCUGUCGCCAUUCGGUCGCCUGUGUGGAUCAUAGACGGCGGCUCUAAGGCAAAACGGAAACGCAUAUUUUAAUUCGGCUGUCAGGAUAGAUCCGCGAACUUCAUCCCAUCUGACCAGUCCCAUUUCAUAUUAUCACGCUGAUAAAAUCCGUAAUGGGAAAUUAGGGAAAUUCUUGUUGCCCGGCGGGCUCACGCAUAGUUUUGAUGGUCUUUAAAAUUUUUAAUCUAUUUGACGUGUGCGGAGAAGCAUUCAUAAUUGUCAACAAUGUGCAUAGCAUAGCCGAAUCUCCUGACCAAAUCAGUGGUAACAUGAAGGUCAUUCAAACUUCAUGAAUAGUACAACUGGAUUUUAUAACACUGACUUGGGGCUCCAGCCCUCGUCUAAGCGACCGAGUCCAGUACAACUAGAAGUACUCUAUGCCUGCAAAGGAGAUGUGUUAAGCCAGCCAAUCAAAACUAACCAUUCACGUCAUUUCAUCCUUGCAGUGGCGCAUUGCUGACUCGCAGUGAAACUGUCAUAACAGCAAUCUUCAGCAGUAAACUAUUAUGAACAUCACAGGCAAUUAGAAAGCUAGGAUCAUUUGAAAUUCCAACUAAUUACACCGGUUGGCCUACAUACACCUUAGUCAAGAACUCUGAAAAUUCUGUGAUUCGAAUCGUAUUGAAUCGGUGUAUUUGCAUGCUCGGUUCAAAGCGAAACGACAACUUCCAAUGUAUCCUACUUGGGUACCAGAUCAAACCGCUACUGGAUGCAACAUUCUACAUUCUCCGGAGGUGAUCGGUCGGAUGUGGUUUGGUAAUCCCACCUGAAGUAAACAAACCUCAGUCACCUCUAAUACGGGACCGGCUGUAAUGGGGCUUUUUACAGGUGGGGCCGGGGAACGCACAGACGACGAGGUCAAGUACUUGUAUGCAAAAUAAAAGCCAUUGGGAGUGCGUGGUUGUACUUUCAAUGGUUGAGAAAUAGUUGCGUUAACCCCUAACCCUAGCCCCUUACUGUAACCCAUAAUCCUAAACCCCAACGCCAAACCACUAACCUUAACCCCCAACCCUACCCCUUAACCCCAACCCCAACAGUAUUGUGUCCUGAUAGAAGCGAACAGGCGAGUUCCAAGUAGCAGUUCAGAAGAUGAAGAUGCGAUCACUGGAACAAGAAAUUUAUUUGCCUGACGUUUCGGAUUCUCACUCGAGUCCAUAAUCAGAGACCUUCGCAGAUGAGGGUGAUGGUGGCACCAGGAGCGCAGUAUUUAUAGCACCUGGCUGCCGUGGGACCGUAUGCACACUGCAACUAACAGUUCUCGCAAUCACCGCUGGGGUCGUAAUUGAUGCGGUGGUGGCUUGUCGGUCCAAGUCCGAGUCGUUAAUUGCCGCGAUUUCGUCAUCCGGGCUGGAUGUUGGUGUGACGAUUGCUCGGCAAACUGGCUCACUGUCACCGUGAUAAUUGAUUGCCCGCGCCCUCCCCACGUGACUGAUUCUCCUGCCCAGGGAAAAUCGCAGCACGGAAUAGGGUACCGGGAGGUCAUUGUGCUUGUUGAUGGAUUGCGGGCUUGAGAACCAUGACUGGAGCAGCUCGCGGCUCACGCGGUUGUCACCCCUGGCGAGGAUUUCGGCCUCUUGAAAUUUGAAAAUAUGGGUCCCGUCGAGUGUGCCGCCACCUGAGAGUUAGCGUCUCUCCGCCUCACUGUUGCUUCGUGCUCAGCAAUUCGCGUACGGAGUAAUCUCCCAGUUUCUCCGACACAAUUGCUUUGUCCGCAACUACACCAGAUCCGGUAAACGACUUCAGACGUUUCCUGCCGUGGCAGCGGGUCUUUUGGCCCCAUGACUUGGCGCCUAAUGGUUGCUUCCGGCCUGUGUGCAACCCCAACUCCAAGUGGAGUGAGAAGACGACUGACGUCUUCCGAGGCGUUCUUCACGUACGGAAGAGCCCGCCAAAAUUUGGGGCCAGUAUUGUGUCCAUCGGUUGGGGCUACCAAACCGCGUCUUGUCAGGCGACCAAUAAGGUUGGCUUGUGGAUUUCAGCAUAAACUGGAGCAGGUAGCACUGGUGUUUCGGACUGGCAUCCAACUCUCACAUGUGGCUCCCCAAAGCUAGGCUCUGCCUAGCGGCCACACCCUGGUAACCCUCUUAACCGACGGGCUGAUCCAGGUGGGGGUGCCUGUGAGUGCAUCUCUAGACACAGUAACGGGGUUCCGCGUUCACCACCGCUGGCCAGAUGGAUCACCGCCUCGGCAUCUCCGAGAUGAAGCUUCGUCUGUAAUUCCACAGGAGGCCAUGAGGUGGGUGAACCCCCGGGCAAGCUGAAUACCGCUUGGUUGUCUUUGCCUGCUCACCCUCGCAGUUCAGCACUCAGCAAGCCGCUGACCCAUUGGCUGGAAGAUCGGCACCUUUAUACUUCUUCGCACCUAUUUACCGCCCUUCACUCUCUCUCUACUCUGCCUUGCUCUCUUAUCCCAUGGUCGAAAGUCCUAUGGAUCACCGCAUCGCCAUCUGCAAUCCCAUAGGUGGCCACAAGAUGUGCCCAACAGGUAAGCUAAAUACCGCACUGACGAAUACCGCUUUAAUGAAUCUGUCCGCUCACCGUCUAAUUUCAGCAACCAGUUAUCUUAGAGAGGGACGGAAAGCAUUGCUUCCCGUCCCCCUACCCUGCCCCUAUCCCCCCCCCACCUCCAAAAAGUCCUACGGCGAGAUCGACGGUGAUCGCGUAGGCGGCCCAGGUUAACUUGGGUCGCUCUCCCAUUAAACAAAGUCGUGGCCCAUAGUGGAGUCCGGCAGCCGUCUGGGACAAUUGAGCUGGCCUACUUAGGGAGAACAUUGUUCACUCCCACGAGGCGGAAGGGGCUAGAAAAGGCACCUUAAGCAAAUGCUGGGAAUCCACGCCCUCUGCAGGUUGACUGUGGCCACAGACGCAAAAGUCGAGGUCGAAGCAAUAAAAACAUAAACAACACUUUUCCCUUCCUCCUCCUCCUCCUCCUCCUCCUCCUCCUCCUCCUCCUCCUAACCGCCGCUAAAGUCUCGACACACCUAUCACCUCCUGCACAUCCACUAUGCCUAGCUUAACGCACACGCCGCCGCCCAGCACACUCGCCAUCAGCAACUCCACCAAUGCCACCACCACCACCGAAAACGACACUGACAACAACGACUUCUCCUACCCUCACUGUCCCUGUACAUUCACGUCACACAUCAGCCUGGUCGGUCACUUGCGAGUCCAGCGCACAGAGACCAGCGUAUCAGUACCAGGAGCACCAACAUACACCAAACGUAUUCUUCUCAACUGCCCCCACUGUCGUCGCAUAUUCAGCUACCUCGUGGGUCUACUAGGCCACAUGCAUAUUCACGAGAACCUGUGGAAGACAACGCCGGCUCCCCCACCAGCACACGCACCCAACUGCCACCUCUAA